GUUACCAGCCUUACACAGGAGCGCAGGCAAAAUGGCCGCUCCGUUCACCAUCCCAGUCCAUAGAAAGUCGUCAUUUCCGUGCAGCGGUACAAUCCCUUCCUGGUGACCCGCGGGGGGCUCUGUCCUUUGUCUGUGGGCGUCCAGUAUACCAUGCCAGACCUUCUGGAUCUCUCGCCACCCGACAUUCCUGAACCGACCCUCCUAGAGACCCUGCUGCGCUAUGGAUUAUUUUGUGGCGCAAUUUUCCAGCUCAUUUGCAUUUUGGCUAUUAUAUUCCCUGGGAGCAAAUCACAGGAAAUGGAUUCUGAGACAUCAGAAGCAAAAAUCCCAGAAGUCUUAAGGAAACCCAAGACGGCUCCGGUGACAGUGGGGAAAAAGCAGAAGAAAGAGACAAAGAAAAAGCGGUGAAAUGGAAGAAAAAAGCCCAGACAGUUUUUUUUUUUUUGUUUUUUUUUCAUUUCUUGCCUGGAUUGAUCACAAAUUUGCAGUCGUUUUAAGAGAAGUGACAUUGUGUGGAUUGAAUGUGCAGUAAGGCCAUGCCUGUAGCCACACGUCCUGAUGGUAUAAGGAGAAAACGCUCUUACUACUCCUGCUAUCAUGUGCAUUACAAGGUGCAGUUUAUUGAGAUUUGGUUUCUAGUGAUCAGGUUACUUUUAGAUUCUCUACGUAUACUGUAUACAGCAACGGCGUAGAAAAAAACACUGCUCGUCUACUCUGUGGACCCGUUCUUGCAAAUUGAACCUUUUUUUUCACAUUUUUUUCUCCCUGCUUAAUCUAGAUAUGUGUCCCCCAACCUGUGGCUCUCCAACUGUUGCAAAACUACAACUCCCAAUGUGACCUGCAACUGUGAGGGCUAUAGUUAACAAUUGCUGGGGAGACACAUGUUGGAAAACCUUUCUCCAGAUCAUAGUGGUCUCAGCACCUGUACAGACUGAUGCCGUAAUAACCCCCUGUCAGGAACUCACGAAGCAGACAUGCUUACUGGUAUUCAGUUGAUCACAUUUUCUAUAUAGUAUAAUAUAUUGUAUUAAUGCUACCAUAUGUAUGCAUGUCCUUAUUGAUAGCAACAUUUCAUUCCCUUACUGUUUUUUAUACAUUAGCUCAUUUUGAACAUUAAACAAGUCCGUUUUUUUC